GAGCGGCCGCGGCUCCUCCUCCUCCUCCCGGCCCGGCACGCUCAGCAUGGCGGGGGCCGCCGCGCUCGCCGCCAGCCUGGAGGCCGUGCUGGGCAGCCGCUCCAACGCCAACCGCGUCUUCGAGAUCCUGGAGCCUCUGGCGGCCCAGGAGGAGGAGGAGGACAUCGUGAGCGCCGCCAGGACCUGCAGCCGGCUGUUCGGGGCGCUGCUGGAGCGCCGGGAGCUGUUCGUGGGGCCGCUGCCCGCCCAGGACGCCGCUCUGGCCGAUCGGUACAGCGCCGAGGACAAGUACAAGAUAUGGAUGAGGCACCGCUACCAGGACUGCGUGGGCUGCCUGGGCGAGCUGAUGGGGCACGACGCCUUCCAGGUCAAGGAAUUGUCACUCUGCACCCUCAUGAAGUUUGUUGAGUUAGAGGCACAGUAUCCAUUGAUCAAAAUAGAGUGGAAGGGGACUUUGACUUUUCCUUUUGACCUCCUUAAGGUGGUUGUUGAUGGUUUGCUUCCUGUAAAUGAGGAUGCUUCACUCCUGAUCUCUCGCUUCCAAGAAUACAUGGACUACGAUGAUGUUCGGUACUUCGUCAUGAAGGCAGUCACUGCCAAUAUUGGACAAGUCAUGCAAAAGACAAAAGAGAGGCCGCUGCCCUUUUACCAGCAGAACGUGUUUUCCCUCAUUUCGCCCAUUAACAUGCCAAACAAGGAGUCUGACAUGGUCAAAUUUAUGGUGAAGCAAGAAAAUCGUGAGGAAUUGAAAAUGUCAAAGCUGCAGGCACACAGGCAGGUGUUUCAGAAAAUGUGGCUCGCUUUUUUGAAGCACAAGCUGCCCACUGGCCUUUACAAGAAGGUUCUUGUCAUUCUGCACGACUCUGUCCUGCCUUACAUGAACGAACCCACUCUCAUGAUGGACUUCCUUACAGUGGCCUAUGGCAUAGGUGGAGCAAUCAGUCUUCUAGCCCUAAAUGGAUUGUUUAUUCUGAUUCAUCAGCAUAAUUUGGAGUAUCCUGACUUUUACAAAAAGCUGUACAGUCUGUUAGACCCUUCCAUAUAUCACGUGAAGUACCGAGCUCGCUUCUUCCAUCUGACUGAUCUGUUUUUGUCUUCAUCUCACUUGCCAGCGUACCUGGUGGCAGCGUUCAUAAAGCGGCUCUCCCGGCUGGCCCUCACGGCUCCUCCCGAGUCCCUCCUCAUGAUCAUUCCCUUCAUCUGCAACCUCUUCCGGAGACACCCCGCCUGCAGAGUGCUGGUGCACAGACCUGGUGGGCCAGCAGAUAUGUCAGAAGAUCCAUAUAUUAUGGAGGAGGAGGAGCCAUCUGAAAGCAGAGCUUUGGAGAGCUCCCUCUGGGAGAUUCAGUCUCUCCAGAACCAUUAUCACCCAGAUGUGGCCAAAGCAGCUGCUGUCCUGAAUCAGUCACUGUCUGAGAUGGAGGAUGACAUAUCAGGGCUCCUGGAGCUCUCAGGUUAUGAGCUUUUUGAUAAAGAAGUAAAGAAAAAGGCUGCCGAUGUGCCCCUGGAGUUUGAGCAAGUACGAGGUUUGUUUGGGAAGAAAAAUGAUAUUUUUGCAGAGCACUUCAGUUUAGAUUGAUGCCAUCUCUUACAAACACACCUGGCAACUCCCUGAUCUUAGGGACACUCACAGAGCUCCCAUGUGCUCUGCAAUCCUUCCCUGUGAUGGAGCUGGACUGCUUGGCAGAGGUGCAGCCUUCCUCGGUGACCUUUGCCACUACCCCUGGAUGGACUUCCCUGCGUUUCUCACACUUGCAAACUGCUGCCACCUGGUAUUUGGGAGGGAUUUUUCCUGGGAGCAAGCUUUUCUGGACUGGUUCAUGGCUGGGGUUCCAGCCCUUCCCCCAGAGCUGCUGGUGCUGGCUGUGACCGGUGCCUGCAUGGACAGACGUCUCACUGCUGUUCCAUGGCACUGAGAGGAACUGCAGUCUCUGACUACUCUUAUUUUUCAGAUGUGUUGCUUUUAUACUAGAGCUGACAACCUGUUUGUAGCAAGUGACUUCAGCACAUAGCUGUAAACACCUGAUGAUAUUCUGAUUAUAUUUUUAUAUGCAUUUUUAAGCUCAAGUCUUCAGAGGGGUGUUUAGCUUCCUUGCACUUGUCUUACUACUCCCAUGUUCGAGGCACUGAAAGCUCUGCUUUGUCAAACAACUCAGAUGAUGCUCAGUAAUUCCGUCUGUGGAGUGGUGCUGGUGUUCCUGCAUGUACAUCCAUCUCAUGCUCUAAGGUUGAUUAAUUCCAAAUGCUCAUGAGCUUUGGAAAUGAGCAUAAUCCUGGUGACUGCUGUAGCCAGGGAGGCCAGCUGAUGUGCAGUGGGAGGCUAAUCCUUGAGUUUUGCUUCAGAAUGAUAAGCAGCUUGGUGUGGUUUUGCUUGCAGCCUGCAUGUGUUGUAGGAGCUCUGGCCAGUGUGUAUCCAGUUUUAACUAGUCCACUGACACUGGGUACUUUUGUUAAUUUGGAUUUUUCAUAUACUUCCAGAUUUCAUGCAGAAAUUCCAUCUGAUAGGAUUUCUCCCCCCCCCCCAAGGUUUUAAGUUUGAGAUAAACUCCUUAUUAACAAAGUCAGGACUGUUUUUCUAAACUCAUUUUCAGCAACUUAAUUUUACCUCUUUAGAUAUAAACUUUGCUUGUAUAACUUGAAAUCAUAUUUUGUGGAGGAGUCAAGAAAGUGGAGGCCAAGAAAUCCAAUUUCUGGCAGAGAACUCUGUUUAAGUCAAGAAAAAGUGCAGCUGUCUUGGAGACACUGAAGUGUCACAUUUUCUUCUCAUGCUUUCCAAACAGUGGAAUGUGUCCUUAGACUGCAGAACUCUACCUCUUUUUUUUUUUUUUUUUCUUUCUGGUGCUUUUGAAUUCAGGUGGGGUGUUUUUGAGGAUUGAAAUUUUUUCUCUUUUUUUUUAGAAGUCCCACUCUUUGUUCUCUGGUGAAAAGGCAACCCUGCCUCCUCCCUGGCCAGCCUGCUUUUCUUUUUUCUUUGACUUUUGGGAUCUGAGGUAGGAAGGCAGAAUGAUUGAGAUGUAGCUUUCAACUUGAGACACCUCAGUUCAGGUUCAGCCAAGCCUUGUAUUUCAGCUCUAAGAUGUAUCUCCCUCUGUCAGGGUGUGUUGUAUGUAUGGGUUUGGUAAACAUUUUGAAGGGCUCUGCUAUAGGUAUGAGGACCACAUGGCUUGCUUUGAAAGAAGUAUGUCAGUGUAUCAUCUUUCAGAUGAAAUAAAUGAAUAUAUUUAAAUGAA